AUGUGUAAACGCCGCGUCAAAGAUGCCUUUUUUGAGUGCACAGCUACGGUUGAUGAUGUUGUGCAUGGAUCUCCUUGGUACCAAGGCUACAAAGGCCCAAAUUUGUUGAUGUGUACAAAAUGUGGGAAGGUUAACAUAGCUGGUGUUGCACAGUAUGAACUCUCGCCUCAAUAUUCAGCUACGCUUUUGCUGGUGCCGUGCAAAGUCUCUGUUUAUGACAGCAGUGACCAAGCUGUUUUGUCCUACUUGGUGAUGAUGAUCGUGAGUUGA